AUGAGUCAGCAGCGGCCGGCGCGGAAGCUGCCCAGCCUGCUCGUGGACCCGGCGGAGGAGACGGUGCGGCGCCGCUGCCGAGACCCCAUCAACGUGGAGGGCCUGCUGCCAUCAAAAAUAAGGAUUAAUUUAGAAGAUAAUGUUCAAUAUGUGUCCAUGAGAAAAGCUCUAAAAGUGAAGAGACCUCGUUUUGAUGUAUCACUGGUUUAUUUAACUCGAAAAUUUAUGGAUCUUGUCAGAUCUGCUCCUGGGGGUAUUCUUGACUUAAACAAGGUUGCAACAAAACUAGGAGUACGAAAACGAAGAGUGUAUGACAUCACCAAUGUUCUGGAUGGAAUUGAUCUGGUUGAAAAAAAGUCUAAGAACCAUAUUCGAUGGAUAGGGUCUGAUCUGAGCAAUUUUGGAGCAGUGCCCCAACAGAAGAAGCUGCAGGAGGAACUUUCUGAUUUAUCGGCGAUGGAAGAUGCUCUGGAUGAGUUAAUUAAGGAUUGUGCUCAGCAGUUGUUCAAGUUAACAGAUGACAAAGAGAAUGAAAGACUAGCAUAUGUGACGUAUCAAGAUAUUCAUAGCAUUCAAGCCUUCCAUGAACAGAUUGUAAUUGCAGUUAAGGCUCCGGCAGAAACCAGGUUGGAUGUUCCAGCGCCCAGAGAAGACUCUAUCACAGUCCAUAUCAGGAGCACUCAGGGGCCUAUCGAUGUCUAUCUAUGUGAAGUGGAGCAGAGCCACCCAAGCAGUAACGUGUCGGACGGUGUCGGCGCCUCUUCAUCUGAAAGCAGACAUCCAGAACAGCCCGCCCCUGAGAAAGAAGAAAAUCCUCCACAGCAAAGUGAAGAACUGCUUGAAGUGAGCAAUUGAUGGCGUUUGAGGAUUCGUGCAUUGAGUCUUUUGGGGACAUCCUGUGUGGAUGAAUUAUGCAU